CACACACACACACACACAUACAGUAUAAUCACUAUUAUGUGGGGCAUUCCAAUACAGGGGAUUUGCAUAGCCUAGCCUACCUAUGAACAGAGAUAGAGAGACUUUCAAUUUCAGAGACAAUUAUACUGACAGCUUCUACUGCACCACUUCGUGAGCACUCUUCUCCAUGGUUUCUUGCAUCAUAGCGCGAGCUCAGGCGUUGGCCUGGGUGUUAGUUCUGGUGAUGGUGGAGGCAGAGGUACAGGAGAACUACUCACCUGCGUGCCGCGAGUUCAUGUACAUGGGCACACCACCACUGGGACUUGAGAACAAAGCACUAAAGAAGAUUUGCCAGCGCUACAACGGCAAGCCACGUUUUGUGACCCUGUAUGACACCUUUGAUCACAUCCCCGUCUACUCUGCCUACACGUUCAAGCGCUCUGACGGCACCAAAAAGGUUGAUGUGCCCUGGAUGUACGAGCCACAGCUCGCCACAGUGUCUGAUUUUGGGGAGAUGCAACCCUUUCCUCAAGGCGACCUCCAUCGCAGUUUUGAGGAUGCCCAAGCAGUGCUGGAAGACUACUCCAACACAGUGAACUUUGAGCGUGGCCACCUAAACCCUGACGAGCACCAGUCUGACCCCAAUGACAAGGCAGCCACCUACACCCUGACCAACGUGGUCCCUCAGGUCCGGGAGUUCAACAUCGGCCCCUGGAAGACCCACGAGCACACCAUACGCCGCCGCCUCAACAACUACUGCCGCGGCACCGCCUACAUGGUCACUGGUGUCACCACCUCAGGGAACAUGAUCCGCCGCCACAACAUUGACCGUGUGGCCGUUCCCACCUACCUGUGGUCAGCUUACUGCUGCAUCGACUACGACCGCAACACGCCCUUUGAGGAGCGCACCAAGUUCCCAGCCUACGCGGCCCACGGUCUCAAUGAGAAAGAGAGGCCUGAGGUGCUGGAGAUGUCUGUUCAACAGCUGGAGAACUUCCUCAAGAGUGUCACCUUUGUGGACAAGACCUUUCAGAUCUUCUAUGAUAACUGUGUAUCCCCUGAUAAUGGCCUGCACAUGACUUGACACUAUACAAACAAUUAUGUGUAGCGUAAUUUACUUAAACUAUAAUGUAUUCAAAAAGGAAGUGAAUCUGAUGUGUUGUCUUACAUGAAUGCUUACGGUUUGCUUCACCCUUCUUCAAUUAUUUUCUCUCAGCACGCAUAUAUCACAGUAACCUACAUGAUCGCUCGCCUCAUAUAUCGAAUAUGUAGCCUGCAAGAAACAACAUAUUUUACAAAUACAUUAAAGCAAUCCAAGUAAUGGCAAUUGACAAUCCGUUUGCCUACUUAUAAACCCUUUAUAAACCAGUUAAUCAUAUAAACCAGCAAAGGUUUUACGUGGCAGAUUUAUAUAUAUUUUUUUUUAAAGAUCCCAGUUCUGACUGACACAUGUUUUUGCAUGUAAAGCUUCCUCAGCUUUUUAAAAUCCUACUUUCUCCAAUGACGUUCAAUCAUGUGCACAAGCCCCUUGUUUCUUGAUGAAUAAAGACUUUCACUCAA